AACCUAGGAAAGAAGAGAAUAUAUGGGCGGUAGGUUGUGUUAGCACCGUUAGCUAACAUUAGGAGUGAUGUCUGUGAUGACAGAGCGGAACGUGUAACGUUAACGUCGACUUAGAUGAGAUCCGAGGAGCAGACCAAUCUAUAUACUAGAUAAAUGCAAAACCACUAUUCUCAGACUUUUCAGAUCUGGACUGGACUAAGCCAAAGCUUGUGACAGUUUUAUCAGGUUUAUUAAACCCCUUUCUCUUUAAUGUAGCAAAAGAAAAUUUCGAUCUCACUGCUUUCCCCCUUAAUCUGUAUUAGAUCAAUCAGUAUAUACCACAUCAGACCAGAUCUAGCUCAAAAACUAUAUGUAGACUUGUUAAAUCUGUACUAGAUCAACCAGGAGAAACUAAAGACCUUUAUUAUGUCAAUGAAUACACAAAAAAUGUCUCUUUAAAAAAUAGUUUCUACAAAGACUCGAUUUGUUAAUCCAGAAGAGGUUUGUUAAGUGUGAAUGUAACGUUAGCUAAAGUUUGACUUGGUCUAUUACCAGUUGUCUGGAUGGAGAAAAAGCUGUGAAAUUGUCAUAUUUACUUUCAGAAAUAUUCGCAGAUCUGGAACUGAGUUUCAGACAGCAUUGAGACUUUAAGUAGGAUGUCUAACACCCUUUCACAACAAUACGUGGCGCAAGAAAAUGGAGAACUUUUCCCUUAACUGCCUAAUCGUAAGCUAACUUCAGCAUUUUGCAACAUUUUACCUGCAAGGCAGCCACAUGGUAAGGUGCCUUGCUUUUCUUCAGAUGUGUUAGUACCAGUUACCACUCCUUUGCUUCAUUGCAUCCAUCAAACAUUUUGAUAAUUUUCUUUCUUUAAUCCAGGUGACGUCAGAGCCAUGGCUACAGCACAGUCCGCUGUAACGUUUGCAGUGUGCAUCCUCAUGAUAACGGAGCUGAUACUUGCCAAGAAGGACUACUAUGAUAUACUAGGAGUGCCUAAAGAUGCCACUGAGCGACAGAUAAAAAAGGCUUUCCACAAGCUUGCAAUGAAAUAUCACCCUGAUAAGAACAAGAGCCCAGAUGCUGAAGUGAGAUUCAGGGAAAUUGCUGAAGCUUAUGAAACUUUAUCAGAUGAAACCAGAAGAAGAGAAUACAACCAGUUUGGUGACACCUCUGCAUACUUCACUGGGGAGACUCAAGGCAGACAUAGACAGGGUGCCCACCAACCUUUCAGCUUCAAGUUUGAUGACAUAUUCAAGGACUUUGACAUCUACAGCCAGAACAGGCAUGCCCGUCACCGAAGACACUUUGAUGAACACUCCAGGUCCUACAAGGAGUCCCACAACAGACACAAGAGACACUUUCAAGGAGGUUUUGGAGCAGGUAUCUUUGAUGACAUGUUUGAAGACAUAGAGAGAAUGUUUACCUUUGACAGGCACACCAAACAGACUGAAAACAGGUUUCAUGGUGCAUCAAAACAACACUGUAGAACAGUAACACAGCGCAGAGGAAAUAUGGUAACCACGUACACAGACUGCACUGCACCUUAAGAUGCAAUGUAAAGUGACUUAAUGCUUAAAACUGCCUUAAGGGGAUACGGCUUCCUCCAGAAUUAUCAUACAGCGAUUGAUACAACAGUACUGUUGUAUCAGGUAACAGAAAGCCACUUGGUUCAAAUGCUGUGAAAUUUGAACUGUGAUAUUGAGAACUGACAUUCAGGCACAGAAUGACAAGCACUGACUACACAGUUUACUUAGCUUAGGUCUAAAUAUAAAUAAGCUAUGUUUUGUUCAAGCUUUUUCCUGUGUGUGUGCUCAAGGACUUGUAAAUGAUUGUAGUAGUUUUUCACUUCUUGUUGAAGUAAGCUGAUAGAGAGUAUUUUGCCAGUAUUUUUUCAAGCACCUUCUUUUGAUAAUCGAUUUUGAAGACAUUGUUAAUUUUAAUGUUUUAAGAAAUAAAACAAUCCUGGCACACAAAUGCAUGUGUCGGUUCACAGCUAGUUCAUCUACCACUCUGUUUUUGUACAGUUAUUAGUUUCUUUUGUAUAGGUUCUGCUAUUGUAAGUCUCAACUAAAGCUAAAGGCAGAGACAAUAGCAUCCAGUGGGGUUUUGCUUAUGGUUGUAAAAUGGGGAGCAAUGUCAACAAAAACCCAGGGCCCUGCACAUGUCGGGGUGUUCAGUGUGUAUUUUUGAGUUUGUACUACAUCUUGUUGGAAUAUGUGUACUCUACAGUGCCAGUCUUGCCAAAUCUCAAGCAGUAAUUAUGAGAGACUUCUAAAUACCCCUUAAAUAUAAAGUAUAAUUAGGGAAGAUGUAUCCAUGAAUUUAAAAAUGUUUCUGACUCACGUUUUAUUCAAAGUAGCUCAGACAGACCUGCAAUAAAUUCAACCAGGUGUGAAACUCUUAAUGUUGUAUUUUGCCCAAACUGUUUCAGUUUAGAACAAGGAAAAGCCACAGGUUUAAUUUCUACAUUUAAUUAAAUCAUGCUCUUUACUUUUAAAUGUUGGACAUUUAAUAUGGAUUUACAGUUUCACUAUAUGAAAUUAAACCACAUUUCCUGAAAUGUAGGUAUUGAAAAACUCUUGACUGAUGUGUAAAUGAAUUGGCAGUGGACCACUUGAACCAUAAGCAGUAUGUAGUAGGGGGUUUUAUGACAACUAAUUCCACUAGUCAUCAUAUUUUGUAUUUAAAAAAAAUGGUAAAAUACAGCUUCCAGUUUUUAUUGCAAAUGGUAUACUGCUGUGUAAAAUAUAUUGUAUAUAUUUUUGGAGUAAGAUCAAGUGUAAGAAUACUGCAGUACAAAACUGAAGAAACUAUUUUAUGUAUGUACCAGCAAACAUUGAGAUUCUGCACUUGACUAAUUGAUGAAACACAUACUGUAGAAGAUGAAAUUUUUCCUAACAUAUCAUGUGAUACCUCAUUCUUGUAAACUAAGUACAGUGACAUUCCCCUUUGACAUUGUGGUGUGCAAUAUUUAUUUCUUGUAUUGACAUUGUUGCAAAAAUAUCCAACCGCACUUUUAAUUUUGUAUACAUUUCCGGGUAGGUGUGUUUGUUUUAAAGAAUGUGUCUGGAAUAAAUAAAAUGCAGAGAAUAUAGAGA